AUGAGAGGCUCAAUAGCCUUGAAGAAGAUACUUAAUGAUUCAACGUCAUUAUAUUUCCAAAGAUUUUUCAAAACUAGCCCAGUCAGGAAUAUUACAAGAUCUAAUCCAUUAGUUUCCAAAGAUCUGAAAAAACAAGAUUUACAAAAAUUGUUUGAUGAUCCAAAAUAUUUUAACUCUAUAAAUAACACAGGACUUAAUUCUAAUACGUCGGAAAGUACUGGAAACAUAAUAUCCACUGGUUUGUUCAAAAAUCCUUUUUUGACUUCUCCUAAGGGUCUAAAAGAAUUUACUCAUUACUCAUUAUUAAAUGCCUCUAAUAUUCUUCAACAAUUAAAGAAUGAUGAUACUUUUAAUGGAUUAGCCAAUUACAUUAUCAGACUUGAUCAAUUAAGUGAUACACUGUGCAGAGUUAUUGAUCUAUGUGAGUUUAUUCGAUCGUGCCAUCCAGAGAAAUCAUUUGUUCAAGCUGCGCAAGAGUGCCACGAACAUAUGUAUGCAUUUAUGAAUACAUUGAAUACAGAUAUUGCAUUGUGCGAUAGACUAAGAACUGUUUUGGAUAAUAAGGAAGUUUUGAAAAGAUUGACAGAUGAAGAAAUUAAAGUAGGAAAGUUAUUAUUAGAAGAUUUUGAAAAAUCUGGUAUUCAAAUGAGUCCAGAAAUUAGAGAUAGAUUUAUUUCAUUAUCGCAAGAUAUAAGUCUAGCUGGCCAAGAUUUUUUAAAUAAUACCUCUUAUACAGAAAAAGAUUAUAUAAAAAUAAAAUGUGACGAGUUCGAUAAAGCUUGUGAUUAUCCAGCUUUAAAAUAUAAACUCUCAAAGGAUCUUUCCGGGAAGUAUUAUAAGAUACCAACCUAUGGAAAAAUACCGUAUACAGCACUUCUGAAAUGCAAAGAUGAAGAAUUACGAAAGAAAUUAUGGGUUGCCUUUCACAGCUGCUCAAAUAAACAAAUUGAGAGACUGACUAAAAUUAUCAAGCAUAGAAUUGAACUAGCUAAAUUGCUGAGUAAAUCUAGUUACUCAGAAUAUACGUUAGAAGGUAAGAUGGCAAAGGGUCCCAAAGAAGUGAAUAAUUUUCUGAAUGCUCUUCUAAAAUCUAUACUCCCUGAAGUUACUAAAGAACUGGAACCUAUAUCUAAUAAGAAGUGCCUUAGCGAAGGAUUCUCUCUUGAAACAAGUGAACAGUCAAUUUUAAACAACAUUAAGCCCUGGGAUCGUGAUUAUUAUAAUCCAAUACAAGCAACUAGUGAAGGUGCAUAUCAAAUGCUCAUUAUGGAAUACUUCACUUUAGGCAACAUCAUACAUGGACUUUCAAACUUAUUUAAUAGCAUAUAUGGAAUAAGAUUUGAACCUGGCAAAAUUGAGGAUGGCGAAACCUGGUCAAAAGAUGUUAGAAAACUCAAUGUCAUUUCUGAAGAUGAAGGGUUAAUCGGAGUCAUUUACUGUGAUUUAUUUGAAAGAGAAGGUAAAUCUGAAAGUCCUUCUCACUAUACAAUAUGCUGCUCGAGGGAAAUAUAUUCUGAGGAACAUGACCUAUCUACUAUUCAAACAGGUGUAAAUAAUAAAACUGGAAAGAACUUCCAGUUACCUAUCGUCUCCUUAGUUUGUAAUUUCCAAGUUACUAAUGCUAAAGAAUCUAGACGUAUUUGUUUUCUACAACAUCAUGAAAUUGAAACAUUGUUUCAUGAGAUGGGCCAUGCGAUGCAUUCAAUGCUAGGAAGAACAAGAUUUCAAACUAUAAGCGGUACAAGAUGUGUUUCUGACUUUGUAGAAAUUCCAAGUAUUUUAAUGGAAUUUUUUGCCAAUAAUCCUAAAGUGUUGAUUGAUAUAUCAAGGCAUUAUGACAGUGGUGAGAGUAUAGAUAUCGAAGUCUUGAAUAAGUACCUAGAAAAUACUAAACAAUUUAAAGCAUGUGAAACAUAUUCGCAAGGUAAAAUGGCUUUGCUAGAUCAACGUUUACAUGCUGAAAAUGCAAAUUCUCUAGAUAAUAUAGAUGUGGUUGAAAUAUAUCAUAACUUAGAGAAAGAACUAUCAGUUCUCCCUGAUACUGAAAGUAACUGGUGCGGACGAUUUGGUCAUUUAUAUGGGUAUGGUGCUUUGUAUUAUUGCUAUUUAUUUGAUAGAGCAAUUGCGACGAAGAUUUGGGAAUCGUUAUUCCAAAAUGAUCCAUUUAGUAGAAAGGGAGGAAAUAUAUUUAAAGAACAAUUACUAAAAUGGGGUGGAUCUAAAGAUCCUUGGAAGUGUGUAGCAGAUGUAUUGGGUGAGCCUAAAUUACAAUUUGGUGGCCCUGAAGCGAUGGAAUAUAUUGGUAAUUCUUCUAAAUUGUAA